GCUAACGGGCGGGCCGGCCGCCUCCCACCUGACCUGGCCUCCGGCGGGACUCUACUCCCACCUCUGCCGCCCUCCGGCGGGGCCUCGCCCUUCUCUCUAUGGGCAGAAACUGGUCCCCUCCUGCCCGCUGGACAGUUGCUGUGCGACUUGGACAGUAGAGGAGCGCCUCCCAAGUUUUCAUCCAACUGCCACCCCCAAGGCUUCCACCCUUCUCCCCUCAGAGAGGACGUUUGAUGCCGGGCCCCUGAGAUUGUUAUUGACAAGCCCCUCUGGGUCCCCCUGAGCAGAGCCUGCUGACCCAAUUGCCCACCUUUGCGGCUUUGAUGCCUAGCCAUGUCUGCCUCAUCCUCAGGCGGCUCCCCCAGGUUUCCAUCGUGUGGGAAGAACGGAGUAACAAGUCUCACGCAGAAAAAGGUCUUGCGGACACCCUGUGUUGCGCCCAGUGUGACUGUGACGAAGCGAACCAUGAAGGACCGCUCUUCAACUCCCCCCUUACAUGUUCACGUGGAUGAGAACACUCCUGUCCACGUCCACAUAAAAAAACUCCCGAAACCAUCAGCAACCAGCAGCCAGAAAUCUCAUAAGCGCGGAAUGAAAGGGGACACCGUGAAUGUGCGGCGGAGUGUCCGGGUGAAAACCAAGGUACCUUGGAUGCCCCCUGGAAAAUCAUCCGCCCGGCAUGUGGGAUGCAAGUGGGAGAAUCCGCCUCAUUGCCUGGAGAUCACGCCACCAUCUUCAGAAAAGCUGGUCUCGGUGAUGCGGUUAAGUGACCUCUCUACAGAAGAUGACGACUCGGGUCACUGUAAAAUGAACCGUUAUGAUAAGAAGAUUGACAGUCUAAUGAACGCGGUCGGUUGUCUCAAGUCUGAGGUCAAGAUGCAGAAAGGUGAGCGCCAGAUGGCCAAAAGGUUCCUGGAGGAGCGGAAGGAGGAGCUGGAGGAGGUGGCCCAUGAGCUGGCCGAGACGGAGCACGAGAACACGGUGCUGAGGCACAACAUCGAGCGCAUCAAGGAGGAGAAGGACUUCACCAUGCUUCAGAAGAAACACCUCCAGCAGGAGAAGGAGUGCCUCAUGUCCAAGUUGGUAGAGGCUGAAAUGGAUGGGGCUGCUGCUGCCAAGCAAGUCAUGGCCUUGAAGGACACCAUCGGGAAGCUGAAGACAGAGAAACAAAUGACCUGCACGGACAUCAACACCCUGACGAGGCAGAAGGAACUUCUCCUGCAGAAGCUGAGCACGUUUGAGGAGACCAACCGCACCCUCCGAGACCUGCUGAGGGAACAGCACUGCAAAGAGGAUUCCGAAAGGCUAAUGGAGCAACAAGGAGCACUACUCAAAAGGCUGGCGGAGGCGGACUCAGAGAAAGCGCGCCUGCUAUUACUACUGCAAGACAAGGACAAGGAAGUAGAAGAACUUCUCCAGGAAAUACAAUGUGAGAAGGCUCAAGCAAAGACAGCGUCCGAGCUUUCUAAAUCCAUGGAGUCUAUGCGGGGGCAUUUGCAGGCCCAGCUCCGGUGCAAAGAGGCAGAGAACAGUCGCCUGUGCAUGCAGAUCAAGAACCUGGAGCGCAGUGGGAACCAGCACAAGGCAGAAGUGGAGGCCAUCAUGGAGCAACUGAAGGAAUUAAAGCAAAAGGGAGACCGGGACAAAGAAACCUUAAAGAAGGCCAUCCGAGCCCAGAAGGAACGAGCUGAGAAGAGUGAGGAAUAUGCUGAGCAGCUGCAUGUGCAACUUGCUGACAAGGAUCUUUAUGUCGCUGAGGCUUUAUCCACUCUGGAAUCAUGGAGGAGCCGCUACAAUCAAGUUGUGAAAGACAAGGGAGACCUGGAGCUGGAAAUUAUCGUCCUGAAUGACCGGGUGACAGAUCUUGUAAACCAACAACAAACAUUGGAGGAGAAGAUGCGGGAAGACCGGGACAGCCUGGUGGAGAGACUACACCGGCAGACUGCUGAGUAUUCCGCGUUCAAGCUAGAGAACGAGAGGCUGAAGGCUAGUUUCGCCCCGAUGGAGGACAAGCUCAAUCAGGCGCACAUCGAGGUGCAGCAGCUGAAGGCGUCGGUUAAGAACUAUGAAGGGAUGAUCGACAACUAUAAGAGUCAGGUGAUGAAGACCAGACUGGAGGCUGAUGAAGUGGCCGCCCAGCUAGAACGCUGUGACAAAGAGAACAAGAUCCUUAAAGAUGAGAUGAACAAAGAGAUCGAAGCGGCCCGUAGGCAGUUCCAGUCCCAGCUGGCUGACCUGCAGCAGCUGCCUGACAUCCUCAAGAUCACAGAGGCUAAGCUGGCAGAGUGCCAGGACCAGCUGCAGGGCUACGAGAGGAAGAACAUCGACCUCACAGCCAUCAUAUCAGACCUGCGCAGCCGGAUCGAACAUCAGGGGGACAAGCUGGAGAUGGCAAGAGAGAAACAUCAGGCUUCCCAGAAGGAAAAUAAACAGCUGAGUCUGAAGGUGGAUGAACUGGAGAGGAAACUGGAGGCAACCAGCGCCCAGAAUAUCGAGUUCCUACAGGUGAUUGCCAAGAGGGAGGAAGCGAUCCACCAGUCCCAGCUGCGGCUAGAGGAGAAAACACGGGAAUGUGGGAGCCUGGCCAGGCAGUUGGAGAGCGCCAUCGAAGAUGCUAGGAGGCAGGUGGAACAGACCAAGGAGCAUGCAGUCUCCAAGGAGCGAGCUGCCCAGAACAAAAUCCUGGACCUUGAGACCCAGCUGAGCAGGACCAAGACGGAGCUCAGCCAGCUGCGGCGGAGCCGAGAUGACGCUGACCGUCGCUACCAGAGCCGGCUGCAAGACCUCAAAGAUCGCCUGGAGCAGUCGGAGAGCACCAAUCGCAGCAUGCAGAACUACGUCCAGUUCCUCAAGUCAUCUUAUGCCAACGUGUUUGGGGACAGUCCCUACACUACCUUCCUCACCAGCUCUCCCAUCCGCUCCCGAUCUCCUCCCACCUAAGCCCGCCAGUCUUGGGCCAGGAGCCCGAACUGAUGUCCUGGGAACUGAAGAGUGGCCAAGCCACAGCUGGAAAGCCUGCCGCUUUCCUCUCUCUUCCACUGAUGAAAUGUGUUCAGGAUCUUGUCUUAGCUACCGACUCCAGAAAAGUCCCUAAAGCACUAGGGGGGUGAAACAGGAACCACUCAGUUUUCUCCUCUCUGACAGAGUCACCUGAUGGAAAUUUUUAAUUACCUUGACAGGCCUUAAAUCUACUGAUCUUAAGGGUACCAGAUUUUAACUCACCAUGACUUUGCUCCUUCCUUUCCUGAGCAAAUGUCCGGACUGGACUUUUUCUUCCAGUCCCCUUAUAGCCCUCCUCUUCUGAGGAAUCUCUCUCUUGGGCUUUCUCUGACCAGCACCAGCAGGAGCUGUUAGCCAGAGGUCCUCACCACCCGUCCUGGGCUGUGAGCACAUUCACCUGCUGUUUGGGUACAGUGUUUUUCCCCAAGGCCCUCCUCCCACGCCUGGUGGAAAUCUCACACCCAAGUUUCCUCAAGGCUACUUGCCCCUGAGCACUUCACAAUAGACACUGCAGGGCUUGUGUCCAGUGGCCUUUUAAAAGUAUAAUCCCAAUCCCAUUGGUUUGUGUUUCUGUUUGCUAGAUUUGUAUCUAUGGAAUGCCUUUAUUCUGGAAAUAAUGUGUGUUGUGUUUUACAAAAAACUUUUCUAGUCAAUAUGUAAGACUCCACUGGAUGAUUUCUUUUACCCACCCCAUCCCUUUUCUAAAAAUGAUUACAGACAAUGCUGCAGGAGAGCCAGUAAACAAGUACUUGGUACAUGGGA